AUGGGAGCUGCAGGGAGCACUGGGCUGCUCCUUGGGGAAAGCUCAGACCCUGAGAGGGGUCAGGGUCAGGAGAGGAGGGGACCAGAGACCCCCAGAGACCCAGGAGGGGACCAGAGACCCCCAGAGACCCAGGAGGGGACCAGAGACCCCCAGAGACCCAGGAGGGACCAGAGACACCCAGAGACCCAGGAGGGACCAGAGACACCCAGAGACCCAGGAGGGACCAGAGACACCCAGAGACCCAGGAGGGACCAGAGACCCCCAGAGACCCAGGAUGGGGACCAGAGACACCCAGAGACCCAGGAGGGACCAGAGACACCCAGAGACCCAGGAUGGGGACCAGAGACACCCAGAGACCCAGGAUGGGGACCAGAGACACCCAGAGACCCAGGAGGGGACCAGAGACACCCAGAGACCCAGGAGGGACCAGAGACACCUAGAGACCCAGGAGGGACCAGAGACACCCAGAGACCCAGGAGGGGACCAGAGACCCCAGAGACCCAGGAGGGACCAGAGAUACCCAUGGGGUGA